AUGACCAAACACGUCAUUAUUGUCCAUGGUGACCUUUUGACAAAAGAAAGAUUAGACACUGUCCGCAAUAGCCAACGGGUCGAGCACACACCAAAAAACCGCCUUCAAUAUGUCAUCUUCUUGCUGGGGUUAUUCCACUAUAAGAUGGCGUGCACCGAUGCCCUUUGGCGUACACAUAUCCAGCCGAAAGAAGGACGUGAUGAUGAGAAUAGCCUGUAUCAGCACAUAGGCAUUCUACGGCCUGAUGAAACGGGGAAGAUUGUUAGCAAGCCAGGAUUCAGGCGUGUACACAAUGUCCUUCAUCAUGAUGUCUGGGCCUCGAUGCUUGAUUGUUUGCGGAUCGAGGCACAACACCAAAACGCGAUGUAUACAACACUGGAAAAAUUUGCCGAAUCAGAGCCAACCUGGGACGUCAUUGUCAUGAUGUCACAUACCAUUGUGCAGAAAUACGUGGCAACAACAGAUGGCCUGGAUACUGCACGGUCAAAACCAGUGGGACAACGAGAUAAGCGGUUCGAAAACCAAACCUUGCGUAACCGAGACGAGCUGCUGUAUAUUGACCUGUGUCAGGCCAUGAAUACUGGAGACAUUGGAAGGAUAUACAUUUUCAAAGCUGCCGGAAAGCAUAAGUACUCGUCACAGAUAUCCAGAUUUCUGAACAACUUACAGUUUAACUGGCCGGAAUCAUUGAGUGACAUUAUACGAAUGAACUUACUGUGCAAUCUAACUGGGAAGAGUGCAGCAUUCUGCACUGUUGACUGGCUUGUUGAACGAAACAACCUGUACACCAAGGUAAUUUUCCCAGGUGGUGGCCCAAACGGCACUCUUGAGCACAUUAUAAAGGAAUCUCUGCUCAUUGAAAUAUACCGUAGCUGUCAUGUUACUAUGGAGAACGUGUUUCACUUACAGCACCGAACCAUUCGGCACUCAGCACCGGAUAUGACGAAGACAAUAAAAAAACUAUCUGGGCAUAUGAAAGACAAGAAUGUACAUCUGUCAAAGGACGGCUGGAAGGCCCUGCGAGUAGUACCGGACCAGGUUUCAGCAGGAAUGACACUGAUGCAGGAACAAAAGGUUGUUAAUGAAGAGGAUAGUAGUAGUUUUGACAUUGAGGCAGACGAUUUCCUCGACUAA